AUGAGCUCCAGUGUGAGUGGUCCCUGUGCUCUCUCCAUGAGCUCCGGUGUGAGUGGUCCCUGUGCUCUCUCCAUGAGCUCCGGUGUGAGUGGUCCCUGUGCUCUCUCCAUGAGCACCGAUUCCCCUGGGGUCCCCCCGAGUGCAGGGGCCCACCAGCUCUUCAGAGGCUUCAGUUUCGUGGCCUCCAGUUUGCUCGACGAGGAGGGCUUUGCAGAACCAGUGAAACCCACUCCCCACCCUGUCGUUCAGCAGCUCCAUGGGAAGAAUGUCCUGUUCAGCGACGGCUACGUCCUGAAGGAGGACAUCGGGAUGGGCUCCUUCUCCGUCUGCAAACGCUGCGUCCACAAAGCCACCAACACUGAGUACGCGGUCAAGGUGGUGCACAGGGACCUGAAGCCCAGUAACAUCCUGUAUGUGGACGAGUCUGGGAACCCCGAGUCCAUCCGCAUCUGUGACUUUGGCUUCGCUAAGCAGCUACGAGCUAACAACGGACUCCUCAUGACGCCGUGCUACACCGCCAACUUCGUGGCUCCAGAGGUGCUGAAGAGGCAGGGCUAUGAUGAGGGCUGUGACAUCUGGAGCCUUGGGGUGCUGCUCUACACCAUGCUGGCCGGGUGA